CCUGCCCCCCCCCUGCCCUCCAUUUCUCCCUCUUCAAUUUAUCCUCAAAAUCCCCACAAUACCCUUCACUUCCAUCUUCAUCUUCAUCUCUUUUCACCCUCUUCCCCUCUCUCUCUCUCUCUACACCUCUCUCUCUCUCUCUCUCUGCACCAGCUAUGGUGUCUAUGAAAUGAAGGACCGCCAACGCUGGCAGCCUGAAGAAGACGCCCUUCUCCGAGCUUACGUCAAACAAUAUGGCCCUAAAGAAUGGAAUCUCAUCUCUCACCGUAUGCCCAACCCUCUCCAUCGCGACCCUAAAUCCUGCCUCGAACGCUGGAAAAAUUACCUCAAACCUGGCUUGAAGAAAGGCUCUCUUUCCCCUGAAGAGCAGUCCCUCGUUAUCUCUCUUCAGGCCAAGUACGGCAACAAGUGGAAGAAGAUUGCCGCCGAGGUCCCCGGCCGUACCCCCAAACGUCUCGGUAAGUGGUGGGAGGUUUUUAAAGAGAAACAGCUUAAACAGUUACACAAGGCCAACAACUUAACACAAUCCUCUCUCGACCCCAAUCUUCCUAUUUCUCUUGCUGUUUCCUCCCCCGAGAAAGCGCUUCAAGGCCCUUACGACCAUAUUUUGGAGACCUUCGCUGAGAAGUACGUUCAGCCUAAGCUUUAUCCUCAUCCAAAUUCUAUCCCUGACGCCGAUCCCCUGCUUUCUCUUGGAUCGGUUACCUCUACCACCUCCUCUUCCACUCUUCUUCCUCUCUGGAUGAAUGUUAACUCCACCAGCACUGCUUCUUCUUCCACUUGCUCAACUACGCCGUCUCCCUCCGUCAGUUUAACGCUAUCUCCAUCUGAACCUGGGUGUUUGGAGUCGGAAGUUAACCGGAUCGGAGCCUUAGUUCAGUACUGUAAGGAGGUGGAAGAAGGGCGGCAGAGUUGGGUUCAACACAAGAAGGAAGCUAGCUGGAGAUUGAAUCGAUUAGAGCAACAACUGGAAUCGGAGAAAGCGAGGAAGAAAAGAGAGAAAAUGGAGGAGAUGGAAGCCAAAAUACAGAGGUUGAGAGAAGAAGAAAGGGUUUAUUUAGGAGGAAUCGAGAGGGAUUACAGAGAACAGUUGAAUGCUUUGCGAAGAGAAGCGGAUUGUAAAGAGGCGAAGCUUGUGGAAGAUUGGUGUAAUAAGCAUUCGAAAUUGGCGAAGCUAGUGGAGAAAUUUGGAGGUCAUGGGUUGUUGGGUGUUUCCAAGGACAUUGUUCAUUGAAGCUCUGCUUCCAUGGCGGUGUGAGUUCAAAAUGCAGGUUGGUUUUUUCUCUCUGUACCUGUUUCUUUUUACAUUACAUAGACUCUGUUUUUUUGUUGGGAACAAAUUCGAUAAUCAAAGGGAAGAAGAAGAAGAAGAAGAUUAAAAAGUAAGUAAUAAAACAAAAGAUGGAAAAUCUCAUCUCUCUCUCUCUCUCUCUCUCUCUCUCUCUCUUCCAUUCCAAUGGGAUCUUAUUAUUAAUUAAAUAAUAAAAUUUAAUUCUACGAGACUUUCAUUACU